UCAGCUGUGCGGGUGGUGUUAGUCUACGAGGCACAUAGAAGGUCUUAGGGUAGGUACCAAAAGUUGCAGCACUUGCAUGUCCUUGUAGUGACACCGAGUGACGCGCGUUUUUGAACUCUUCUUGUAAUUUCCAACCGUAUUUCAGAGGCUGUCAUCAUGGAGAAUGACUCUGGGGGGAGCAGUGAUCCUGCAGCUGAAUCUGCCAUGAUGGAAGACCGUCAAAUGCAAGAUGAACCAAUGGAGGCAGGGACCGGAGCAGCUGAUUCCAUGGAGGAUACAGCAGCUGGUGCGGGGCAAGAAGUGCCGUCUGCUGCUGGUGUUGUAUUUGAAGGCCUUACAAAUGAGACAGCUGGAACAUCUGGUGCAGCACAGAUGGUUGCAGUUGAUGUAUUAGAGGCUGCAAAUACAACAGCUGGAAGACAGGAUUUGACAACUGAUGCUGGUGGACAUGGAGAAGAAGCUGGUGCAGUGUCAUUGGCUGCUGGUGGAGCAGAAGUGGAAGACCCAAUUGAUGGAAGACAAGAGUUGGGAGCAGUUGCUCUGCAGGAUGACAUGCAAGCUGAAUUUAAUUUGAAUCCUGAUGAUUUCCCAGCGCUAGAGAGACCUUCAUCGCCUGUUGGCUCCGUGGACGACAGCGACAACGAUGAUGACAACAUGGAUGAACCAAACGACAGUGACCCUGAGGAAGCCAUGGAUGAUGCACUUGAGAAUUUUGACGAUGAUGAUGAAGAAGAUGAUGACAUGGAUGAUGCAAUGCUGGAUAACGGGGUACCCUUCAUCCACGUCUUCAGCCCACGUCAACAGCUGGACAGUGAUAACGAUAACAACAACACGGAUGAUGAGGACUCGCAGCAACUCGAGCAAUUUGAUAUCAGCCUGCCUGGGCAACACCUG